CCGCGUGUUCAGCAGUAUGACUUGUGGAUUUGUGUCAGGAGGUGUGGACACUGUGCUGUGUGUCACUUGGGCCGCGGGGUACGGUAUCAAAUUCCAGCACGGGACGGGCUCCGCCAGUAAGUGGAUAUGCUGAGUUCCGCCGUGCCAUGGUAGAGGAAAUUAGAGUGGUCUUUGCUCGUUUCGAGUGGAGGAGAGGAAAAGCUGUCGGUGCCCUUGGCACAUGUAUUGUACUCUCCAUGAGUGGCGGGGUACAUAUUCACACUUUGGGCGUGCAUGGUCGCUCGGCGAUACUCGAGUCGAAGAUGGAGGGUGGAAGUGCACCACCCGACCAGGCGGAAAUAACAAAGAAAAAAGGACCUUUGAUUCCCAAACACCCAUGUUCUUUAUCCUUGCCCUCAUCGCCGACGGUCGUGGUUUCUAGAAGACCAAGGGAACGAAGGCAUCCUGAAAACGCAAAGAUCACCCCAAAACACACAUUCCACCCGUUUGAAUCUGAGACAGUAGCGUGGCUUUUGCCGCAGGGCUGUGCCACAUUCUUCCAAACUUUGCGAGAUCAUGCAGCUAGACCAAUCAUAAUUCAACGUGCAUAUGCUUCGGACGUGCGCUGGCACCCACACCUCUCAAGGAAGGUGUGAUCGUCACACGUAGGGUGUCAGGUUAGCCGUGACCCGUGAGACGUUGACAAGCGAAGGUAACUCCACAGCCACGCUCAGUUGCUUUAAUUAACGCAGCGUGGGGGGGGGGAUGGAGGAAAGAGCUAACCUGGGUACGUUCUGCAAGACCCUCUCACCGGAUACAAAUCUAUAUCCAUCACCUCCUAAGAUAAUAAGCCGGUCGUAUCGAGUCCAA